GGCAAGCUCGCGAAUAUAUAAAUUCAACCAAGGAGAGGAAUCUUUCACUUCACAUUUGGUACUGGGCAUCACAUAACACUAUGUGGUUCCCUGUGACCCUUCUCCUACUUGUCGGCGUGGCCGUGGCCACAACUGAUCACAGCCAUGGUUGGGAAUCGCAAACCGAGUAUCAAUACCUUGUACACAGUAGAACAAUAACAGGCCUUGACAAGUUGAAAAACCAAUAUAGUGGACUUCAGUUAAAAGGUGUCCUUACCGUUCAAGUAAAAUCACCGGAAUCGUUGGUGGCGAAGCUUUCCGAUCCGCAGUAUGCUCGUAUACAUACUACAUUACCGGACGGUCCGGAAACCAAGAUCUCCGACCAGAUGCUGGAAUAUCGCGAGCUUCCCAUGUCAGGAAAGCCAUUCGAAAUCAAGUUGAAGCAUGGAGUGAUCCGGAACUUGAUGGUCGACCGUGAUGUACCUACUUGGGAACUGAAUAUCCUCAAGGGUUUCGUGAGUCAGUUACAGGUUGACACGCAGGGCGAAAACGUGAUAAAACGCAAGGACACUCAAAUUCCGAUCGAUGAGAAUUCUUCCUCUAUAUUUAAUGCCAUGGAGGACUCCGUCGGUGGCAAUUGCGAGGUUCUGUACGAGAUCAUUCCGUUGCACAGUGAUGCUAUUCUAGAGAGACAAGAUAGGCUACCUUUCCCACACUUACACGGUGGCGCUCAACAUUACGACGUUAAGAAAACGAAGAAUUACAAUAACUGCCAGCAGCGACAGCUUUAUCACGUCGGCUUACACGAUUCAUUGUUAAAGGAAAAAGUAAAUCAGCAGGAUCAAAUUCUUUCGCAAUUUUCUACGACUCAAAUGAUCAUCACGGGCGAUCUGAAACGUUUCACAAUUCAAUCCACCGAGACGAAGAAUCAAGUGUCCGUCAAACCUGACGUAUCUGAUCCUUUCAUUGGCGCCGUCCACAGCUUAACGAGAUUAACUUUAGCCAGAAGAAGCAAAGUCUCCAACCCUUUGUCUGACCAACUCGAAUCAGCCAAUUUCGAAUCAACUGGAAACCUAUUGUACGCAUAUAAUGAUCCAUUCUCUGGCUCCGAGAAUCGAAAAGCACGUCACCCGAGCAUUAGUCAAAAUUCCGCGCAAGUACAAUCGUCAGAGAGCAGCAGCUCUUCUCAAAGUUCCAGCAGCGAGGAAGACGCAAUGCUGCUGGAUGAUUCUCUCUGGCAAUCUAAAGCGCCAUUGCAUCUGGCUCCAAACGUACCGCUGUUACCUUACUUUGUCGGCUACAAGGGCAAGACUAUCCAGAUGUCCGAUAAAGUCAACGUUGUGGAACAUGCCGCGAAUCUAAUUUCUCAAAUAGCCGAAGAAGUAGGUUCUUCAUCAAAAAUAACUGGAGAUACGCUGGAGAAAUAUACAAUCUUGAAGAACCUUGUUCGCACCUUGAACUUGGAGCAGUACGCUGAGUUAGAGAAGCGCGUAAACUCCUUAAAUAAGGAGGGCCAAUAUGUCUGGAGCAUCCUGCGCGAUGUAGUCACACAUGCCGGAACUGGACCUGCUUUACUCACUAUCCACAAUUGGUUAAAAACAAAACAAAUUAAAGGCAUAGAGGCAGCAAGUAUUAUCUCACAAAUCCCCAGGCACGUUCGCCACCCAACGGCGGAAUAUAUUCAAGCAUUCUUCGAAUUGUGUCUCGAUCCAGUAAUAACGCAACAGAAAUAUGUAAAUGUGUCGACGCCUCUAGCAUUUGCCGAAUUGCUCGGCAAAAGUUAUAACGGUCAGAAAAAUUAUCCGAUACACAGUUUUGGCCCUAUGACACUCAAGACAAACAACGAGGUGGUUAAUCGCUAUAUUCCCCAUUUCGCUAAUCAGCUGAAACAAGGCUUGAGCGAAAACAACAGUCAAAAAAUUCAGACAUAUAUAGCAGCACUUGGUCUCACCGACCAUCCGAAUAUUAUCUCGAUUUUUGAACCGUACAUAGAAGGCACGGAGCCAGUAACGAAAUUUCAACGUAAAUUCAUUGUAACUGUUUUGACCAUCUUAGCCGAACACCAACCGAAAUUAGUUAGACCUAUUUUCUACAAGCUCUAUUUGGACACAAAUGAGGAUCACGAGGUUCGUAGUCUUGCAGUAUUUGGUCUUAUCAAGACCGAUCCACCUUUGAAUAUGUGGCAACGCCUAGCGGAAUUCACUAAUGUUGAUAAGAGCGAACAUGUAAACUCUUUCGUGAAGUCUACGAUACAGAGCCUCGCUAAUCUGAAACGACCGGAAAUGCAAAAUCUCGCUAACAAGGCGCGCAGUAUUAAGCAUUUGUUAACGAAAAAGAACAGUGGUUGGUACUCAAAAGCCUACUACGGGGACAUUGAAAAUUGGUUCUAUAGAGGAUUUAAUUUGCAAGCUAUUAUUGGUGACGACAGUGCAAUACCUACAUGGCUAUUCUUUAUGGUGAAUUCAAUUUACGAUCGCAUCGGACAACCCACAGUGGCAACAUAUGAGGUAUCGAACGGCAAGCAGUUUUUGAAUAAACUGUAUGAAUUGCUGCAAUCACGACAGCAGAAAGGCCAACAAGCAAGCGAAGAAUUAUCGCAAGUAUCAGGCUUUGAAGAACUCGUGCAAGCACUUAAGAUCAAGCCCGAACACUUGAAUAAGUUGGAAGGAAAUGUCGCCUUUAGCUCGGUGUACAAUUUGCUGUUCUAUCCCUUCGACGGUCCAGCAAUUGAAAAUCUUUCCCAUGAAGUAAAAGAUUUCAUCUUCAAGAGUCAAAAAUUACAAUCAACUAUAAUCAACAAUCAAGAAGUAACAGUGAGUUUCCCGAUUGAAAAUGGCCUGCCAUUCAUUUAUACUUUCGAGUCGCCAGUGUUAAUGAAGCUUAACGCUGACUGGCAAAAUCAAGGCAAAUCAAGGCAAAUCAGUGAGCAAAUAUCUGGCAAUUUUGAUGCUCUUGUCGCCAAGAGGGUUCAGAAGCGAUUUGGAUUUCUAGCGCCUUUCGAGCAUCAAAAUUACAUGACUGGUGUCGAUCACAGUCUCCAACUACAAGUACCAUUAGAGUUUGAAGUCACAGUUGGUCAUAAAGGUUCAGGUUUAAGCGGGCUGAAGAUUCGCCCGAACAUCUUAUCUAUGCAAACUCAAGUAGAUUCUUCUAAUGGAUUCAAAUUGUUGCACCACAGCACCAUUCCAUUCACCACGCGACAAGACGUUCUUGAUCUUCAACCUGUAUCUCUUGAUAAAAACACACAUCUUGUACUGACUUCAGAGAAACAUAAAACCACAUUCGAGAAAGAUCCACUUCAUAUCCAGGUAGAAUCUGAUAACAAACAAGUAGAAAGAAGUAAUGUAGGAGAUAACGUUGUACAGAUUGUACACCAACUGAUGGGUAGUUCAAAGAAAAAUUCGAAUUAUAAAAAGUUAGACGUAUCAAUAAAUCUUGGACAGAUAGAACAGAGUGGCUUAUAUUUCAACAUCGGUUACGAUAAAAUGGUACUUGAUGAUAACAAUGGUCAUAAUAAGCAUCCGCGUGCAUUAGAGUCCCAAAGACUAUUUUCUAUAAAGUAUACGAAACCAGACAGUGAGAACAGAAGAAAGGAGAUUAUGGAAACACUUAGCCAAGGCGUCAAGUCGGGUAACGUCCACGUAUUUGAUGUAAGUUACAAGGUCCCGUUACAAAAGCACGCACAAGUUCUCACCGUCGGUAUAAUGGAGCUCAACAACGUGAACAAAACGCAUGCGACUUAUGUUUAUUGGAAUUCUCAAUCGAAAACGGAAGAGCCGGAAUAUGAAGUUUGCUACGUUCAAACAAUGGAAAGAUCACCAAAGACUCCUUUAGACUUUGAAUAUACGCUUAGAAGUAACCCGGAAGAUACGCUCCAGGGUGUACUUCGAUAUGGAAAGAGUUGCAUGGAAGGAACCAAAGUUAUUGUCGAAGGAAAAGCGAUGCGAAGUAACGAAUUGAAGGAAGCGAUAGAGAACUCCGAAACAGCCAAAAAAUGUUGGGAAGAGAUUCAAAACGGAAACAAAGUACCGCGGGCUUGCCAGAAGGCCACCCAGCUUGGCGAAAUAAAGGAUAAUAUAAGAGUUGUAAUUAAGGGAACAACUGACAUUGUUCGAAAUGUUAUUAACAAGAUUGUGGGUUGGCUCGAAAAUAUAAUGAAAAUACGUGUAAAAGAAAACGACAAUAACUUUGAAACAAAUAACAUCAAUGUAAAAAUGAAUUUAUUGCCCUACAAACUACCAAAAGUCUCAGUGCAAACCCCGCAACAAGAGAUUACUUUCCCAUACAAUACGGAAACUUCUUUCGAAGAACAACGGCUAUUGACAGAAAAAGUCAAAAUGCUUGAAAAUGAAAUAGAAAGACCUUUGUGUACUCUCGACAAAAAUAAGAUCGUUACUUUUGAUAAGCGGGUUUAUCCUGUGACACUGGGGACAACUGAGCACGUAUUAUUGACCACUUAUCCGAUACUAGAUCCUGAUAAUCACAAGAAUCCAAUUCCGGAAGAAUCGAGAGUGGCUGUCUCAGUUCAUGAUACGAACGACGGCAGCAGGAGCGUUAAUGUAUUCUUGGGCAAACGAGAAAUUAAAUUGGUAAAAUCGGGUUAUGAACUGAAAGCUGUAGUUGACGGACAGACAGUCGAUUUUGGAUCGGAGAGAUAUUAUCGUUAUCUCGAAAACGGCGAUGUUAUUUUCGAAAUCAGCUUGCUACCGGACCAUUCGAUCUUCUUGUACUCGAAGAAGUAUGGAAUUUACGUUGCGUAUGACGGAAACCAUGUUGCAGUAUGGGGAGCCCAUAGAUAUCGCAAUGCCGUGCGCGGUCUCUGCGGCAACUACGACUCCAAUCUUGACAACGAUUUCCUUACUCCCGAGAACUGCCUUCUGACGAAACCGAAAGAAUUUACCUCCACGUAUGCUUUGAUUCAGGAGAAUUCCGAGGGACCUAUUCUGGAGAACAGGCGAAGAGCCGAACAAGCCCAGUGCAGGGAGCGCUCAUCGAUGCGUAAUUAUCAGAGCAACAUUAUCAACGAUAGAGAAGCGGGAAGAAUAACGGCAGAGGGCGAGCUACCAUCCGGACAAAGUUGGGGCUAUCAUCCUGUUAAUCGCAAUAGAGCGAACGGACACCGCCAUCGAGAUUCUAGCAGAUCCAGUCAAGAAUACAGUCAGGAGCAAGAGAAUAGAAAUCAUAAUCGUGAUUCGGGAGAACACAACAUUGUCUAUCGCACAAGAGUCUUCGAAGACAACUCCCAGCAACACAUUUGUUUCACUACCAAACCUGUGCCAACGUGCCGCGAGGGGACUACUCCAACGGAAAGAAAGUCGAAGAAAUAUGACCUUAUCUGCGAGGAGAGGAAUGAGGAAUCUGUAGGAUUGAAACACAGAGUCGAGAAAGGUGCUAAUCCCGAUUUUAGCCAACGAAAGCGUGCUAACAAGUCGAAAACUUUCCAAGUUCCUGUCAGUUGCAGCGGCACCGUGUAGUCCGGCAGUACCGAAAUAAUAUGCCGAUCUUGCAUACCUAAUCGAAAAACGAAUUCUUUCUUUUUUUUUAUUUUAUUUUUUUUUAAUCUGCAAAUAUGUUAUUAUAGUAAUUGCAGUAAUAUAAGCAAUAAUAAAGUUGAGGCUUUUCAACGUAA